UGCUCCUUGUUCCCCAGCGAAGCCUAUUGGGAUCCCCAGAAUUCACUCAGAUUCUUUUCAUAUGACACAUAAGGUCCCAGUUGGAGAUACUCCCUACGUGAAGGCCAAAAACGUCCAGUUGAUGGACAAGGACCCAGAAAGGGCGAUUCCUCUAUUUUGGGCUGCAAUUAAUGCUGGAGAUAGAGUUGAUAGUGCUCUUAAAGAUGUGGCAAUUGUGAUGAAACAACAGAAUAGGGCGGAGGAAGCCAUUGAAGCUAUUAAGUCACUAAGAAGUCGGUGUUCAGACCAAGCACAAGAGUCUCUGGAUAAUAUUCUUCUGGAUCUUUACAAGGUUCCUUUGUUUUCUUUUCUUUUCUGAUUUCAUCUCUUAUG